AUGACGGAAGCAAAUCCUCCCGUUCCCAAAUUCGCAUCUUUCCGGUCAAAACCUUCUAGCGCUGUCGCAAUUAUCGACUCCGAAAAGGAGGAUAAACACAAAUCAGCGACAAGACAACAUACCCAGGAAGAAGAACGUCCAAGAAAUUAUCGUCGGCAUCACAGAUCUAGAAGUAGAGAGAACCAUAGGUCUAGGAGCAAGGAGAAGUCAUAUACACGUGACUCCCGCCACAGAUCACGGAGUCGAGAGAAGCACAGGAAUAGGGAGAAGGAAAACAAUGAAAGAUAUAGCUCACGCCGUAGAUCUCGGAGUAGAGAUGGCCGUUCGUCUAAUAAUCAUCGGCCUCUGAAUGAGGAACAAAUUCAAAGAAGCUCUACCGAAGUGUCCACCAAACAUCAACCAGAUGUCUCGGGGUCCGAAACUGCUUCUGACAUUUAUGUUGUUGACAGAAAAGGAGAUGUGAAGAACCUGGUAUAUGGAAGCAAUCACCGCUACAGUGUGCCACCAUUUCAUCGAAUUGGGGCCGGUCGCGUUCUUGGUGCACCUCGAGACACAAAAAUUGACAGAGAUUAUUCAGAUGAUAAGGGUAUUGUGCUUACAAAUUUGAGAGACUUCAGAUUCAAUAAUCGAGAGAAAUACAUUUUUUCUAAGGUGGAGAGAGACAGACCUCGCCUUUUGAAGAUCCGUUCAGAAGUUUUGGCCGAGGAACCUUUCUUGCACGAUGACGAUUUCGUUCCACUGCAGAUUAGUAGAGGUAAAAAGCGAAAGAGAGUGGAUCGAGAACUUGACUCGAAUUCCGAAUCUGAUAAUGAUGAUACUCAUUAUCGCUCAAUACAAGGGAAAGCUAAAACGUCUAAUCAACCUCAGGAUAAAGCUUUUCAAUAUGCUUCAGACAGUGAUUCCUCAGGGUCAGAUGCUGGCCGAACUAUGAGACUUGAGUCUUCAAUCAAACAGAAGAAUAUAGAGCUAUCCAGACGAAUAGAGCAUGCCCCAAAUGAUGUAGAUGCGUGGCUUGCAUUGAUUGAGCAUCAAGAUAUACUUCUCAAAGCAGGGGAUGAAAGUCGUCGCAUCACUAAUGCAGAGAUCAGAAGUACGGCGGACAUCAAAAUCCACAUGUACGAAAAGGCUUUGGACAAGAUUCACUACCUACAGGACCGCGAGCGACUACUUCUUGGCCUGAUGGCGGAGGGUGCAAAGAUUUGGGAAAUAAAGGUUCAAGCUGAGCGAUGGGCACAGAUUGCAAGGGACAACAUCAAUAGUAUCGUCUUAUGGAAAAAGUACUUAGAUUUCAGACAAAGUAACUUUUCAAGAUUUAGAUAUGAGGAUGUGCGUGAAGUAUUCCUCGGUAGGAUUCGUUCGUUGAAGGAUAGCACCAGCGCCGCGCCAGAAUGGAGCUCUGUGAAACUACUUUACGAGCAGCUCCUAUAUGUAGUGCUCAGGGCAACCCUUUUCAUCCGUGAAUCAGGCUUCACAGAACUCGCCGUGGCAAUCUGGCAAGGUAUCUUGGAGAUAAAUUUUCAAGGGCCGAUGUCUAUACGCACUGAGCAUGAGGCGCCAGGGAUUGCGGAAAACAGAACAAUUGAGCUAUUCGGUGAGUUUUGGGAGGCAGAAGUUCCACGAAUUGGGGAAUCAGGCUCUCUAGGCUGGAAAAGAUUUGCAGAAACAGGAGAUGAUUCAACUGUUCCAGAUGCCCAGACCGAUGAACCGGAGAUGUCACUUAAUGGCCAAGACCUCUUUGAAAGCUGGGUCAUCGCAGAAUCUUUUCGUAGCAAAGCUUCUAGAGUGCCUGCAAGAACCAUGGAUGAUACUGUGGAAGAUGACCCUUAUAGAGUCAUUCUGUUCACUGAUAUCGAGAAUUUUCUUUUGCUAUUGCCAAAAUCUGCCGAGUACCUACGAGGAUCUCUCUUGAAUGCGUUUUUGAUAUUCUGUCAUUUGCCUUCUAUGUCUACUCAAGAUCAUGAGUCAAGAAUGGAUUGGAGCCAUGAUUCUUGCUUAUAUAAUGAGGUGCUUGACUAUGAUUUUGGAUGGGUCAAAGAGAAGUACUUGAAGAAAUCUACUGAGGAAUCGAUCGAGAGCGAAGAAACGAAAGCGUCGCCAGUUUUCGCAACUCCUACAACGACUCUUGCAAUGGCCCCAGAAUCUAUGUUUAGCAACGGCUGGUUUAGUAGCUUCAAGCCAUGGCGAGAAGUAUACGGUAAUGAGGACAAUGGACCCAUUUCUUAUUCAUGGGUUCGCAACACUUUGAAACAACUCACACAAUCAUAUCCAAUAGAAGAUUUCGCAGAAUACUACUUAGCAUUUGAAUGGAUAAACGAGCCUGCCACCAUCAAGAAAGUCGCUAAAACUCUCAUUAAACAACAUACCUCCAGUCUCAAACUCUACAAUGCGUACGCUAUGAUCGAAUGGUUAAAAGGCAACCAGGAGAUGUCAAAUGGAAUCUACACUGCAGCUUUAGGGAUGAACCAAUCUAUGCCUUCUUCGCCAGACCUCAACGGCAACAAAGAUUCAGUCUACCUCUGGAAAAGUCUGAUAUGGGCAAAUAUCUCGAUCGGAUGCAGAGAAACCGCAUUGUCGCACUUCCUCUCAAUCCCCCACGGUAUUCCCAAACCAACCACCCCCACCGAAAUCACUCCAACUGCCCUCCUCAAAACCCAACAACAUCUCUCCUUCGCCCGUGAUCAUUUCCUUACCACCCAAAAUCCUACACACGCAGUCCUGUACGCCGAACUCCUUGCCCUCCUCAAGUACCUGACCACCACCUCCACAAGCGCGCCCCAGUCUCCUCAACAAGGAAACAUCACCUCCGCUCUCGAAAUUCUCACCACCUUCUCCGUCCAACUUUCUUCCCGCUUGAUCUCACCACAAUUAGCCUACCCCCUAUCCCUCCUCCACCAAUCCACAGCCCGUCUGCUACACCACCACGCAAAAUCUGGUCCCUAUCGUCCUCAAACCCUUCAUUCCCAACUCACCACCUCGCUACGCUUAUUCCCAAAUAAUGCGAUAUUCUUUUCCCUCCUCACAUCCCCAGGACUUGGAAUCACGAAACUUAUGAGCCCGAUUACUCUGAGCACUUUGUUCUCUGAUCUUUUGCAUAAUUCGACUUCUUCAACCCAUAACAUGCUACCCCUCUAUCUCAACAUUAUCCACCACUAUCUUCAGAACACUCAAUCUGCAUCUCCAAACCUCAAUACAAUAAACUCAACAUUCGUUUCGGCAUUAAAUCUUAAAGGUUCAAAAUCAAACUUGGAUCCUGGACUGGCGAGUUCGAGUGCACUUUGGAGAUUGUAUUUAUUGUUCUGUGAUGUAUACCCUCAGUUUCUACCCUCCUCAUCCUCAUCUACAUCUGAAUUCUCAUCAAAAGCUUUAAUGCUUGGGUCAGGGUCCGCCAGCAGGGAAAAUAGCAGAGAAGAAAUGAAUCGCAAAGCAAAUGGUAUGGUGGAGCUUUGGAAACAAGCGAUAGCGAGAACGCCAUGGUGUAAGGGGAUCUAUAUGGUUGGAUUUGAGAGAAUAUGUGGGAUGGGUGGUAACGAUGGUAAUGGUGAAAGAAAGAACAGGAUUAGCAGAGGUGAAGAGGUUGACAAACAGUUGAAGAAUAUAUGGAGGGUUAUGGGGGAGAAGGAGAUAAGGGUACACGCGGAUUUGGAGGGGGUUUGGGAUGAGGAGGAAUAG